AUGAAUACACGUGUGUUAUUACUCUAUGGAGCUUAUUAUAUUAUAAAAAAAAGAAAAAACCGUAAAUUAAAAAAGCGGAGAAUGUGGGUUCAUCCUUUACUUGUGCAAAGAAUUUUAAAAGGAAGUUUUUCAACCAUGUACGGGGAUUUAAGAGACAAUGAAAAUAAAUUUUUUAAUUAUUUUCGGAUGUCCAUCAAGUCAUUUGACGAACUUCUCUCAAAAUUAGAAAGUGGAAUUAAAGUUUCAAAUAGUGGUCGUCCAUCAAUUUCACCUACAGAACGAUUAUGUGUGACAUUAAGGUACGUAUAUAUUGUUAACAAUUUAGCUAUAUGUCUAUUGUCUAAAUAA